AUGGAAAACGGGAAAAUAUGGCGACAAUUUUGCGCACAAAAGAUACUCAAGCGGAUGCGCGGAGAUCGCUUUGGCACGCUCUUCGCCCACCCGGUCCUCGAAGCCAGUGAUUCCGUAAUCACGCCGGCUGUCAAGGAGUCGUACCGGGCGAUCAUUGCCAACCCGAUGGAUUACAAGACUGUUAAGACCAAACUGGAUAAUGGCAUAUACGUGACGCCGGACGAAUUCCGAGACGACAUGCUGCUCAUCUACGACAACUGUAUGCGGUUCAACCCACCCAUAGGUGUCAACAAGUGGAUUUACGAUGCAGCUGAAACGAACAAGGCUAAAUUUGAGAAGAUGUGGCAAGCGUCGCAGGACAAAAUAGAGAAACUGCUGGCGAAGGCCAAAGUUGAGCCGCAGAAGGAGAAGAGCAAGAUGCCGAAAAAUAAUAGUAUGGAUGUAGACGUGGAAUCCAGCAAACCGAACGCGGACGUUGCUAUUAUCGCCAAAACUGUAGACACCGAUGCUGCCGCGACCGCACCAUUGCAAUCAUUCUCUGAUGUGGCAGAGACGGUUGCUACUGUUACAGACGUUGCCUCAGAACCAGCCAGUUCCGCCUCUGCUGAACCGACAGCAACGACGCAGCCAGCCGGGUCGGAGGCGCCGCAUCAGCCAUCCUCCAAGUUCUCAUUCAGGCUGAAUUUGCAGGCUAUACAAGAAUACAAACGACGCCUUGAAGAAAAGGCUCGGAUGGCAAUGCCGCCGGAACCUCAACCCGAGCAGCUUCAGCAGGGAGAGGUCAUGAUUUCUGAUGCCCCGGAGCCGCAGACCGCCACAGCAGAACUGUUGCCUGCAGCUGCGGCGGACGUUGUGGAAAACACCAUCCAGCGUGAAGUAACCCCAAACAGCUUCUUCUACGAUGAGACUCCCCACAUGCCCGAGGUCGACAUGGACGAAACCGCCGCCAUGUCGGAAGUGGACAUGGACCAAAUGCCACCUAUCGCAUCCCGUCGUGAAAACAGCAUCCUACAAGUAAAUUGGCUUUCGGAGAAUGAGUGCAACCAGCUCUUCCCGCAUUGCAGCAUUAUCGGGCUUCACCAACGCAAGAUGCACUACAACGUCAGCGACCUGGCGCUGCGGUGCAUCUACAACGAACUCUACAUGAAUGAGAGAGACAAACGCGCCAACAGAGCCGCGAGGGACCUCAUGGAAACAACAGUGAAAGAGGAUUACACAAUCAAACACCACAAAUUGAUCAAUUUCUUGCUCGAGAAACCGGCGGAACCCCCAGCACCCACGCCCUGCACCCUCAACGAGUUCGCCGACGGAGACGCCAACAGCUUGACGGACGUCGAAUGCUACGCGCCGUCGCCGAGUGAUCAUGACACCGUGCGCGACAGCACCGAGACGCUGCUAUCAACCCGUUCCGAUGACCAGGAUUACGAUGAUCGCACCCCAAGGGCACAGAGAUUGCGCAUAGAACUCAGCAGUGAAACCACCAUCGGAGUAGGAGCCGCGGCGGAGCGCGUAUUGCUCAAGAGCGGAUUCCGCAAGGUCAGCUUGCCGAACUGCACCGUCAAGUGCGCCUACGAACUGUCGUUCACGAGUGACCACUCGGGCUACUACAAGCUGGACGAGUCCGAGUUCAUGUACAACACUGCGAUCAUGCGCCACAUGCGGCUCUUCCUGGUUAACUGCGGCACUGCGUACAUCGACAUCACGCGGCACACGCCGCCGUUGGCCGAGCUCAUCCUCAAGCAUGGCAUGACCUCGGAGGUGCACGAGUUGUACCUGGAGUCGAGGCGCCGCGUCCCGAAGAACUUGGCGUUCUUCCAGCUGCCGCACGCGGGACCCGUCUCAUACGCCGCUAACGUGGACGUGCUCUGGCGGAUACAGACCAUGACCAGCGCGCUGCCCAAGCCGCUUAUCGUGCUACACCUAGUAUGCAGGGACAUGAACUAA